AUAGACCAGGAAAGCCUCGACUUGAUCAUCGAGCUCCAAUUGCAAGAUGCCCAGAGCCUGAUCAAGGGAAAGUAUCGCGAUGGCGAUGCUCCUGAUUUCGAGUUUGCGCUUGAAUGCUUCAACGCGGAGCUCCAGGCGCUUCACACCCUGCUUCAUGACCAAGCAAUGACCCGUAGCAUGGCUCGCGCCGUUGUUAGCGAUGCCGAUAUCAUCAGGGAGCUUGUCAAUCAAGAGGAGCAAGCCGUACGCGACAGGCAGCUUGCUCUCAAUGGCUUCGGUUCGGAUGAUAUGCCUCGGGGUGAUUUCCCUCAAGGUGAUUUCACUCGAGAUGAUUUCCCUCAAAAUGGGGAGUCAUCGGGAACCAUGUCUGAUGAAAUGACCAACAAACUCAUCGUCUUAUACAAUGGCGGCGACGAGCCCUCGCCCGUUGCUGAAUCUUCCAGAAUGGGAAGACAAUCGCGAGCAUUGACAAGAACCAGCAAGCGACGGCGCUGUAUUGUCUGCAACGACGAGUUCCCAUUCGUGGAGACGCUGCGAUGCCCUUGCUCUCACGACUAUUGCCGAACAUGCCUGACAAAUUAUGUCAAAAAAGCCAUCGACGACGAGUCUGUCUUCCCUCCUAGAUGCUGCGGCCAGCCUAUCCCCCUCUCCGGCGUCAACCAGAUUUUCAUAUCGCCAGAAAUACUCGGCAAGUAUCGCGCCAAGGAGCUCGAGUACAAUUCGGCAAAGAGAGUGUAUUGCCACGUCCCAAGCUGCUCGAAGUUUGUUCCUACGCAGUUCAUUCAAGACGAGGUGGCCAAUUGUAUCAAAUGCCGGAGUAAGACGUGUGUGAUUUGCAGAGAGGCGGCUCAUGAGGGAGAUUGUCCGAAGGAUACAGCGACGGCCGACUUUCUUCGAGUCGCAGGGGAUCGUGGCUGGAAGCGAUGUUUUAGUUGUCGUCGCAUUGUCGAGCUUACACACGGAUGCAAUCAUAUACGCUGUGUUUGCAGAGCUGAAUUCUGUUACACCUGUGGGAAGCGUUGGAAGACGUGCGAGUGUGAGCGGUGGGUUGAGGAUAGGCUGGUC